GUAUAUAUGUAUUCGAGUUUGUUGUUAUUAUAUUGUAUUUUUAGCUUGUAGAUUUGGAUGGUUCUGACUUUGUUGUUGAAUUCUGUGGUGGAUCAUAUCAUCAACGAUCAUGAGACUAGGAAAUCCAGAGGUUUUGGCUUCGUUACCUUCAAGGAUGAGCAAGCAAUGAAGGAUGCUAUCGAGGGGAUGAACGGCCAGUCCCUUGAUGGGCGUAACAUAACAGUUAACAAGUCUCAGUCUCGCGGAAGCGGUGGCAGUGGUGCACGUCGUGAGGGUGGCAGCGGUGGUGGCUACGACCGCAGGGACGGUGGUUACGGUGGAGGCGGUGGUGGCUAUAGCCACAGGGAUGGUGGUUAUGACAGCGGUGGCUACGGCGGAGGUGACCGCUACUCUAGGGGAGGCGAUGAUGGAAGCUGGAGGAGCUCAUCUAGAAUUAAGCUAAGGGAUUUGAAAUUACCGGCCAGCAGGUGA